GAUAUACCUGUAGCCAAAUACUCCUACUAUUUCUCUCUAAACCUCUAACCUAGACAUUAUGUCGGUUGCUGUCGCCUGAGCUAGCUCGAUAAAGAGUUCUACCGUCGCUUCUUCCUUCUCCGCUGCACUUCCGUCGCCACUUCUCUUCUCAGGAAAUUUUUGUCGAGUUCAAAUUAUUACUUGUAGGAACAAUGCUUAUUGUGGAAUGUAAUUUUUGAGGACUUUUUGUGUGAAAUGGAUUCACCUGAUCGUAAUCGGAGUUAUGUGAAACGAGAUAAUGAGGAUAGUUCAGAUGUGAGGGGGGAUAGGAUAAGAGAUGAUGAUGAAUGGGAGAGUACUGAAAAGAGGAAGCACCGGUCAGGAAGGUCUAGGAAGCUUAGCAAUGGAGAAGAUGCUGAUGCAAUAGAUGGCAGUGGAAGAAGAAGAAGUUCUGGCGGGGAUAGGAGUGAUAGUCGUAAGAGGUCAGGUGGUGGCUCGAGUAGGGUUGGUAGUGAUGAUGAUGAUUAUGAAACAAGGAAAGAUCUGCGCUCAAAACAAUUGAAGAGAAAACAAGAGGAAAGUAGCUUGGAAAAGUUGAGCAGUUGGUACCAGGAUGGAGACCUAGAGACCAAGCAGGGUGGUGAGAAGUCCGGAUGUAAAGGACAUAGUCGUCCCGAUGAGAGCGAGAGAAGGAAAAUAACAUCAAAGAUAGCAGAACACGAGGGUUCCAGUAUUGGAAGUAAAAACAAAGAAGAAAGAUUCCAUGAUGGGGAACAAGAAAAAGCACAAGAUAGGGAAUCUAAGCAUUCAGACAGGAGAGAGAGCAGCCGUGAGAAGGUUCAUGGUUCCACAGAGUCGGGAAGAAUUUCCAGGAGGAGGUGGGAUGACUCAGAUGCUGGCAAGAGAUCUGAAGAAGUUCAUCAUGAAAAGGCUGAUCUAAGAAGCGGAAAGGGUUCUGAUUCCAGGCAUGAGAGUUUGAAAGAGAAAAGUGUUUCUGCUAGAAAUGAACCUAAUGAUAGUAAAACCAAGGGCUUAGAUCCAUCGAAUGAGACGGGUGUUAAAUCGAACAACAAAGAAGAUAGAAGAGGUGAUGGUGAGAGGAACAAGAGCAAAAACAGAUCAGAAGUUGCAGAGGAAGAAGAUAAGAGCCCUGCCACUCGUGAAGACAGAUCAACCCGUGAGAAAAAUGAGAAGGCUAAACAACAGAGGACUCCCAUCAGUAGGGAUGCUGGUGAAGUGCGUGAAAGAUCUUCAAUUGCAGAUGAAGAUGGAAAUACUGGGGGAAGGGAUAAAAGUGCCAAAGAAGUUGGCCGCUCUAAUAGGUCCAAGACCCCAGAAAAGAGUGUAAGGCGACACCCAGAAUCACAACACUCUGAACUGGAGUAUGAAAGAAGCUCAGACAACAGGAGGAAGGACUUCGAAAAGGAUGGCCAUAAGGAUGAUAGAACGAAGGGCAGGGAUGAUUUUUGGGGCGACAGGAGUAGAGAUCGGGAAAGUUCUAAAGAUAGCUGGAAAAGAAGACAAUCUACUAGCAAUGAUAGAGAAGCAAAAGAUGGAGACGUUGCUUAUGAUCGCGGCAGAGAUUGGGAGCCUAGACAUGCUCGUGAGAGGAAUGACAAUGAAAGGCCACAUGGACGAACCAGGGGUGAAGCUGUUAAAACAUCAUCAAAUUUUGGAAUUUCAAAUGAGAAUUAUGACGUUAUAGAGAUACAAACCAAGCCUCUUGAUUUUGGUCGACCUGAGUCUGCAUCCAACUUUGCCAGGAGAAGUGAGCAUGGUCAGCAAUCUGAUGGUAAAUCAGGGUCAAAUGCUGAAGAGUGGGCUCAUAUGCGAGAUGAAAGGGUAAGGCGACUUGAUAUACAGGGUUCUAGUGAGGAUACAAAGGAAAGAUUUAAUGAUGAUAGCGUGUCAUGGAGGGAUGAAAUGGACUACCAGGCAGGAAAAGGAAGAGGACAGAGAGGGGCCAUGUCGGGUCGUGGUGCCGGUGGACAAAGCUCCAGUGGUGGGUCACAGACACCUUACGGUAAUCAGGAUUCAGGAUCUUUUUCCAGAAAUUCUCAACAAGGAGUAAAAGGGAGUAGGAUUGGAAGGGGAGGAAGGGGUAGGCCUGCUGGCAGAGACAACCAACAGGUCCCAUUACCCUUAAUGGGUUCACCUUUUGGGCCUAUCGGAAUUCCACCACCUGGUCCAAUGCAGCCACUUGGCCCCAGUAUGUCACCAGCUCCAGGCCCUCUAAUGACACCAGGUGUCAUUUUUCCGCCAUUUUCUUCACCAGUGAUUUGGCCUGGUGCUCGAGGUGUGGAGAUGAACAUGCUAGGGAUGCCACCGGCUCUAUCUCCUGUUCCUCCCGGACCAUCAGCCCCAAGAUUUCCUCCUAGCAUGGGGAAUCCCUCAAAUCCGGCUAUGUUUUUUAAUCAGGCAGGUUCUGGAAGGGGAAUGCCUCCAAAUAUGUCUGGUCCUAGUUUUAAUCCUGCAGGACUAGUAGGAAGAGGAACAACUUCUGAUAAGACUUCAGGGGGCUGGAUUCCUCCUAGAAAUAGUGGACCUCCUGGUAAAGCACCUUCAAGAGGAGAGCAGAAUGAUUAUUCGCAAAAUUUUGUAGAUACUGGUAUGCGGCCCCAGAAUUUUAUCAGGGAGCUGGAGCUUACAAAUGUUGUAGAGGACUACCCCAAGCUUAGGGAGCUUAUACAGAAAAAGGAUGAGAUUGUGACUAAAUCUGCCUCUGCUCCUAUGUACUUGAAAGGCGACUUGCGUGAGUUUGAGUUGUCGCCUGAGCUCCUUGGAACCAAGUUUGAUGUGAUUCUGGUGGACCCUCCUUGGGAGGAAUAUGUUCACCGAGCUCCUGGUGUUGCUGACCACAUGGAGUAUUGGACAUUUGAAGAAAUACUAAAUCUUAAGAUUGAGGCUAUAGCAGAUACACCUUCAUUUAUCUUUCUCUGGGUAGGUGAUGGUGUGGGACUUGAGCAGGGUCGCCAAUGUUUAAAGAAGUGGGGAUUCCGGAGAUGCGAGGAUAUUUGUUGGGUGAAAACCAAUAAAAGUAAUGCAACUCCAGGGCUGCGGCAUGAUUCUCAUACUCUUUUUCAACAUUCAAAGGAACACUGCUUGAUGGGUAUAAAAGGAACAGUUCGCCGGAGCACUGAUGGUCACAUUAUACAUGCUAAUAUUGAUACUGACGUGAUUAUUGCCGAAGAACCUCCUUAUGGUUCAACUCAAAAGCCUGAAGAUAUGUAUCGGAUAAUUGAGCAUUUCUCCCUUGGUCGUAGAAGGCUUGAGCUUUUUGGUGAAGACCAUAAUAUUCGAGCCGGUUGGUUGACAGUUGGUAAAGAACUUUCCUCUUCAAAUUUCAAUGCUGAGGCAUAUGUUAAAGGUUUUGCUGACAAGGACGGAAAAGUUUGGCAAGGAGGCGGCGGCCGAAAUCCCCCGCCCGAGGCACCUCAUCUCGUCAUUACAACCCCAGAAAUAGAGGCUCUACGGCCAAAAUCACCGAUGAAGAACCAACAGCAGCAACAGUCAGCAUCCAUCUCUCUAACAACAGCCUCUUCUUCCAACAGAAGGACUGCUGGAAAUUCUCCUCAGAAUCCAAACACUAUGAGUGUAGCUUUAAACCAAGAGGCUUCCAGCUCGAACCCUUCGACUCCUGCUCCUUGGGCUCCGCCAAUGGAGGGUAUAAGAGGACGAGAAGGUGGAAAUAUGCCGGCAGAGGACAAAGUUUUUGAUAUGUAUGGGUAUGGCGGACCGGCUAAUGGCGACUAUUUAGAUUUUGAGUCACAUAGGGCCAUGAAUUUGUUGUAGCAAACAACCGUAUCAUAUAAUCUUAUUGUUCCAUUACCUGUUUUAGUUUUUCCUUCGAUUAGUAUUUGAAUGGAAAUAAAAUGUCGUUUCUAUCUC